GAGACAACAUCACACUAAGGAAUUAUGAAGGGACCUAUGGAUUUGUCUUUUGCGCUUCUUCUCCUGGUGUAUUUGGUUGUGUGUCUCGGCGCACAGCCUUUUCCCGGGAUGCACCCUGACGCACUGCUCCGAGGGAUGAGUGGCGGCUCCAAGCACAUCCUGCAGAGGAAGCAGAGCAGCAGGCUGCCAUUCUACAUGAUGCAGCUCUACCGGACCGUGCUGACCGAGAAGCGGGCCAAGAACCUGGCCAACAGCCUGAGCCACACGAUGACCGAGGACCCUGCCAUGCAGGACUCCGACUCUGUCAUCAGCCUGGUCGCUACAAGCUGCCAGCAGAUUGGCAAAAGGUGGUCCGUUACCUUUGACCUGUCCUCCAUGUCUGCGAGCGACAACGUCCAGCUGGCAGAACUUCGCAUCCGCCUGUCCGCCUUCACUGAGUCUCCCCGAGCCUCAGUGGACGUCUACCACUCACACAGGGGGCGCUGCUCCGACACGCACUGCUCAGAGAACAGGAUGUUCCUGGGCCGCCUGAAAGCUCACCCCGGCGCCACGGUAUCCCCCUCCUCCUGGAAGGUGGUCAACAUGACGGGGGUGCUCAGUCGCUGGCUGCAGCAGGAGCACACCACACAGGAGGAAGAGGAGGAGGAAGAGCAGGAGGGAGUCCAAUACCUUACUGCUGACCGGGUCAUGAUGGUGGUCUUCUCAAGGCAGAACCUGAACAACCAGCGCAUGCCAACACUCAUCCGCACAGCAGAGCACUCCAAGUACGUCAGCUUUGACCGGGAGAGAGUGGCCCCUGGCUCUGGUUCCAAGCCGAGGAGCCGCAGAGCCAACAGGCACCAGCACACCCAGCACCAGAGGAAGGGAGUGGCUGAAUCGGCCCCUGUCAGCAAGGGUCCUCUCUGCAGGAGGGUGGACAUGGUAGUGGACUUUGAGAAGAUCGGCUGGAGCGAGUGGAUCGUCUAUCCCAAACAGUACAACGCCUACCGCUGUGAGGGGAGCUGCCCCAACCCAGUGGACGAGACCUUCACUCCAACCAACCAUGCAUACAUGCAGAGCCUUCUGAAGCUCCACCGCCCAGACAAGGUGCCGUGUCUGUCCUGUGUGCCGACACACCUGGGACCGCUCUCCAUGCUGUACUACGAGGCGGGGAAGAUGGUCAUGAGGCAUCACGAGAACAUGGUGGUGGAGGAGUGCGGCUGCCACUGAGCGAAAUACCUGAAAACCUUUUGGAUAAAGGUGAAAUAGAAUCGAGCAGAAGGCCCAGAAAAGUCAACACUAAAACUGAGCCACUCAGAGACACACAGUGGACGGAGGAUCACAGGCACUUUACAGAAGUCCAGCCUGACAUUGGGACAGAGGCAGCUGGCAGGAAGGAAUGGACAAGCUUCAUCCUGGACAUAGCUCUAAAUAAUGGAUUUGUAAAAUCAAGAGUUGUAAAUUAUUUGUAGUUUUUUGUAAAUAUCAGGGGACCUUAGUUUUACCUUGGAUUGAAAAUGGAUGAAUUCAAGUUUAGAGGGGUUGAUUAUGGCAAUGUAUGAUCCAGUAAGAUGAAACAUAAUGUAAACAUGGUCAUUAACUAAAGCACUAUAGAAAAGUCUAACAGUAGUUGUACAAGUCUUAUGUACAAACUCUUCUUUUAAAAAAAAAUGUAAGACUGAAAUGUUUAAUGCCAUUGAAAUUACAAAUGUCAGAAUGGUUGAAGCGCUUUUAACUUUAUUGAGAUGUCGGGUCACAUGGAUCCUUGUAUGUUUAACGUGUACACUAAUACAAUACAUUAUUUCUUAUCAGAACAAAGUGUGUGAUGGUUUUUAUUUAAGGGUUUUUACAAGAGCCUAAAAGUGGCUAAUUUCCUCGAACUUUGUAGGGUUGCUAUGCUAUGAGGCUCA